AGGGAGUUGGGACUCAGAUCUUUCCAGUUAAUCACACAACAAACUUAGAUCAUCGCAAUAAAAAGCAGGGCGGCUCACUCAGCCUCCUCUAGUGACCGACUGUGCACAGGGGUCCUUCCACGAGCCAUCUCCUCUCCUCCUCCCUGCGAGCUGCUGGGGCAGCCCAGCGGCAGCAUGUGGGCCAACAAACUCCUGCCGGUCCUGCUGCUCUAUCUGCUGCUGCUGCUUCCCAUCACCAUCCCUUUGGCAGAGGGCAAAGGGAAAAGGAGAAAUGCUCUUCAUGACUUCAAAAAGACAGGCGAGACUAUGCUAAUUAAAUCAGACCUAUCACUAGUGGGAAAAACCAAGCUGUUAAACACGACAGAACAAUGUGCCAAGAGAUGCAGCAGGAAUAAAGGUUUUCCGUUCCCUUGCAAGGCCUUUGCUUUUGACAGAGCUACAAAACGAUGCCAUUGGUUCUCUUUCAAUAGCAUGACGAAUGGAGUGAGGAAAAAGCAAGACCACGCAUUUGAUCUAUAUGAAAAGAAAGACUACAUUAGAAACUGUAUCAUUGGUAAAGGCGCAAACUACAAGGGAACAAUAUCUGUUACCAAAAGUGGCAUCCAGUGUCAGGCAUGGAAUUCUAUGAUACCUCACGAGCACAGCUUUUUGCCUUCGAGCUAUCGGGGUAAAGACCUGCAGGAAAACUACUGUCGGAAUCCCCGAGGGGAAGAAGGAGGGCCUUGGUGUUUUACAAGCAAUCCAGAGAUACGCCAUGAAGUCUGUGACAUUCCUCUCUGUUCAGAAGUUGAAUGCAUGACCUGCAAUGGAGAAAGUUACAGAGGGCCAAUGGAUCACACUGAAUCAGGCAAGGAAUGCCAGCGCUGGGACCUUCAGAGACCACACAGGCACAAAUUCAGACCAGAGAGAUAUCCUGACAAGGGCUUUGAUGAUAAUUACUGCCGCAAUCCCGAUGGCAAGCCGAGACCGUGGUGCUACACUCUUGACCCUGAUACCCCGUGGGAGUUCUGUGCAAUUAAAACGUGUGCUCAGACCAUUGUGAACAUCACUGAUGCUGCCAUAGAAAUGACAGAGUGCAUCAAGGGGCAAGGUGAGGGCUACCGAGGUACCAUGAACACCAUAUGGAGUGGAGUCCAGUGUCAGCACUGGGUCUCCCAGUUUCCUCACCAGCACAACAUCACUCCAGAAAACUUCAAGUGCAAGGAUUUAAGAGAGAACUACUGCCGAAAUCCAGAUGGAUCGGAGUCACCUUGGUGUUUUACUACUGACCCAAACAUUCGGAUCGGUUAUUGCUCCCAAAUACCUAAGUGUGAUGUGUCAAAUGAACAAGAUUGCUAUCGUGGGAAUGGCAAGAAUUACAUGGGGAAUUUAUCUAAAACAAGAUCUGGAUUAACAUGCUCUAUGUGGGACAAGAAUAUUGAUGACUUAAGGAGGCACAUACCAGUAUUCAGGGAACCAGAUAUUAGCAAACUGAAGAAAAACUACUGCCGCAAUCCAGAUGAUGAUGCUCAUGGUCCCUGGUGCUACACAAGCAAUCCUCUCAUUCCCUGGGACUACUGCCCAGUUUCUCGAUGUGAAGGUGAUACAACUCCUACCACAACCAAUUUAGAUCAUACUGUCAUUUCUUGUGCCUCAACAAAACAUUUGAGAGUUGUAAAUGGAAUCCCAACGCAAACUAACGAAGGAUGGAUGGUUAGUUUGGCAUACAGGAAUAAACAUAUCUGUGGAGGUACUUUGGUAAAGGAAAACUGGGUUCUAACAGCAAGACAAUGUUUCCCUUCUCGGUACAAAGAUUUGAAAGACUAUGAAGCUUGGCUUGGAGUUCAUAAUAUCAAAGGAAGAGAAGAGAAACAUAAACAAGUUCUGAAUAUCUCCCAGUUGGUGUAUGGACCUGAAGGGUCUGAUCUGGUAUUAUUGAAACUUGCCAGAGCUGCAGUAUUCAAUAAUUUUGUGGAUCUAAUCAGAUUGCCCAUUUCUGGAUGUACCAUUCCAGAGAGGACCACCUGCAGUGUUUACGGAUGGGGACACACAGGAUUGAUUCACUUUGAUGGCCUGCUCCGAGUAGCAAACCUAUUUAUUAUGGGAAAUGAGAAGUGCAACCAAUAUCUCAAAGGGAAGAUGACUGUGAACGAGUCAGAAAUCUGCGCUGGGGCUGAGGGCAUUGGCACUGGACCGUGUGAGAGGGAUUAUGGUGGCCCCUUGGUCUGUGAACAAAACAGGAUGAAAAUAAUAGUGGGUGUUAUCGUUCCUGGCCGUGGAUGUGCCAUUCCAAAUCGUCCUGGGAUUUUUGUCAGAGUGGCAUAUUACUCCAAGUGGAUACGCAAAAUCUUGUUGACGUACAAAUCUGAGUUAUAGCUGAAUAUUUCACACAAAACCACCAAUUCCAUUCACAUGAAGAUCUCAGAGAGCAUGAAAUUAAUGUGUAAUGUAAAGAUCCAUGAUUUUUUUUUAAAAAACUACUUGAUAGUCAAGUUUCCUGAUCAUUUAUGGGUGUUUUCUGAAGAUUUUGUCUAUCAGUGUUGUUUUAUAGAUGUUGAAGUGAGCUACAGUAUCUGCAAGUAUGGUGACAUAUCUCCUGAAGAUACUUGGAUGGGUAAACAAAAUUGCAAAGAUACUAUUGCUGAAUGCAGAAGUGUUUUGUGGAAAUAGCUCAUGUGGCCUCUUUAGGCUGUUUCUUCAGAUCAGCUUGUCCAUGAGAUACAAAGAAAGCUUGUUUUCUUUAACACCCCUUACUCUUGCUAUGUACCAUAUACACUCUCUGUUUGUGGCAAAAGUUCUACGGAGAGCUGUGUGCAUUGAUGAAGAACAGCGUAUAUGGACCUAAUUCUCUUCCCCCAUAUACAGAAUUUAAAUAUGUUAAAAAUAAUCUCUUUAUUUGCUCAUUUCAUUGUGGGCCCAAUUCUGCAAGCCCUCCAUGAGCAGAGCUCUCACUGAAGUCAAUGGGAGCUCCUUUUACAUAGGAUUUAUAGGAUCUGGCUCUGUACUUCUGUCCUAAGGGAUAUUACAAUAUACCCUAUGGAUAAGGGACAAGACAGAGAAACGGGUUGAUGAGCAACUUAUCAAUCUUUUUUUAAUCGUCCCAGGGUACAUCUACUCUGCAGCUGGAGGUGUAAUUCACUGCUCAGGUAGAUGUACACAAAUCUAUACAUGCUAGAUUUGAUUGAGCUAGCAUGUUAAAAAUAGUAGUGUAGCUGUGGUGGUUCUGGCAAUGGCAUGGGCUAACUUCCUGAGUACUUAUCUAGAGUCACUGGUGGGAUUGCAAUCAGGCGGCUAGCCCAUGCAGCUGCCCAUGCUGCCGUGGCUACCCUGCUAUUUUUAGUGUGCUAGCUCAAUCAAAUCUGGAAACUGCACCUCCAGCUGCAGUGUAGAUGAACCCUCAUAUUUAAAAAUGACGCCUAAACGUGUAUUUCAUAGGAUCCUAGGAAUGUAUCCUGAUUAGCUAAUGACAGACCAUUUUUACUAUUAAAAUUAAUUGCAUUGAAAUAGAAAAGGAGUACUUGUGGCACCUUA